GGGGCGUCUCUCUUACUCGCUCUCUCCCUCAAUCACUCUCGCUUUCUCCUCAGCGCAUGAGAGAGGGUUGGGUAUUGCAGCAACAUAGAGCCGAGCACAUUCACUUCUUCUUGCUCCAAUCAUCGGUGGACUAUGGAUACGUUCCCCGCAGCAACCAUGCCCUAACCGGCGUCCAGCCCCAGAGGAGCAGUAGCACAAGUAGCAGAACUGUGACGAUGGUGUAACAUCAAGAGGCACUGCUCAAGACUCAGGCCAUGGCUUUCAUGCUCUUCCUUUUAUUAAGCGUCCUCAUCUCCUCCCUUCCUUCCUGUGAUGCCCAGGUCGUCAUUGGCACAUCCUCUUCCUUUUCUCCCCUUGAUCUUCUUAAAGACUCUCAACCUUCCAAGCAGACGAAGGGAUCCUCUAUGACUCACAGCGGGCGCAGUGCUGUGCCAGAUAAGGUUACAAUGCGGGAUCAGUUAACAACAACAAAUACAGUGCAGCUAGGGCAAAGAAUACACUCGACUGCCUCCACUAAGUCAACCCUUUCUUCUCAGACACAAAGCCGUGAACCAAACAUGAGUCGACCCAGCAUCGCCAGGCCCAGGAAAGACCCAACUAACCUGAUGCUCAGUGAGGCUUUGGCAAAGGAAGAAUCUACCACAAAAGGCUUGUCAGCACCUGUGCUCACUUUGUCCUCCAGUGAUCUUUCCAUUAAACCAGUGACAGCUAUCAAUCCACUUGCAGAAACAAGUGAUUUGCAGGGGCUAGGAUCAGGAAGUACAAAAUUGAUGCUUGAAAAGGAAGAAUUACUUCCUCCUGUGCCAACAGCUGGUGAUGUCAUGGCACACCAUCAACCACAAGCACAGACUAAAAGAUCUGACGGACACAGUUCAUCAACUGUGGAGCCCCAUGUGUUGCCAAUGACACCACGAACUGAAUCAAAAGCCUCACAGGCCACACCUCCUGUAGUCAUAAUAACAGGUGAUCCUACUGCAAAAGCACCUCCUCUGAAACACCACUCAGCAGCUGCAGUGACUUUAAACACCCUUUCCACCACCACAGUCGGCUCCACUGGAAAACAUCCACAGACUCCUCGACAACCAGUUAGCGAUCGAAGCAAGAACAUUUCACAUUCAGUGACAGAGAAAGUAGCUACAACGACCGUAGCGAGUAUGCUUGCAACUACUGAUAGGAAAACACCAACCAAAGCAACAAAUAAACCCAAUCAAACUGCACAUCUGGGAAAAAAGGGAACUAGAAUGACUUUGCAGCCAGCGCCAGCAGUGACCUCGUCCUUCCUGGCACCCAGUGUUGCACCAGUUACCCAAAAUCCCCAAAUCUUUGCCACAACGUAUCGCACUACUCAGAAGAACCGCUCCAUUUUGCUGGGUCAUCCUCAUCAAGCCCCUCACUCCACUUUUAACCCGUCCCCUUCUCCCAGCACUGACCUCUCGCCAAACGGCAGCCUUAUCUACUGGGGUGACCUGAGCAGGACUUUGGCUUUUGCUUGGGAGCUUCACGUCUACGGAUCAGCAAGCCUUUUCCUGCUCUUGUUUGGCGGCGCUGCACUUGGACUCAUGUUGUCACCCGGGUCAAACUGUCCUCAUCGGGGGGCUCUUGCUCUCGCCAAUGCGCUUUUAUUUCUGGUUGGAGGACUUAGGGCAUCACUCUUUCUGAUUGAUCCCUACGGGAUGCAGAAGACACUUCCCCGGUCUGCAGUUGCAGCCAUUUACAACUUGCCACUACACUUGCUGGUGUGGGCGCAGGCUGCCCUGGCUCUGCUGUCCUUGAGAGUGGCCGGAGUAAGAGUUUUACCUUCAACGUUAGAGCGUCCCCCUCUGGUGGCUGUGUUGGCUGUGCUGCAGUGCACUCUGCUGCUGGCAGCAGAUCUGCUUUCCCCAGCGCUGUCACCUGUGGUGCCUGUUACCCUGCAGGUUUUGUCCCUGUGCUGGGGUCUGGGUCUCUGUCUUGGAUUCCUAUUCUAUGUGUUUCCACGUGUACGUUGUCCUUCCAUUCCUCACCCUGGAGUCACUGAAGAGGCCAGGAGGAAGACUUGGACAGGAAGCAGGAGAGAAGGGGUGAUUCUGGGAAAAGUGCUGGCAGUUUGUGCUGUUUUAGGGGCGCUGUGCUGUGGGCUCCAUGUUCAUGCCACCCUCUGGCUCUAUGGACUGCUAGGGGACUGGAUAAGCUUCAACUGGGGCUGGUGGCUUGUUCAUUUCUGGGCCAGACUCCUGGAGCUGGCCUGGGGGUUAUCCCUCCUACUCUUGGCUUCAUGGGUCUUUUGGAGGCCUCAGUGUUGUCAGCAAAGUGAGGAAGGUGGAGCAGGAGAGAGAAGAACAACAGGAGAGAUGCCAUCACCUGGCCAUUCUGGAAGUUCUUCUCAUAGACACACAUGCUGGUCCAAAAUAGUCCAAAGUUUGACAGGGAAGCCUUGCAGGAAGUCUGAUAGUAACGGUGUUGGAGGAGGAGGUCCAGCAGAGGUGCCUAACAACUGGGGUGGCCAGGAACGUUCUGGAGCUGACAUCACAAAGAGUCUAAUCAGGAACCAGAAUCAUGAACAAACAAUUGCCCAGCCACAGUGCGUCAAAGAUAGCAACCGGGUACGCAACCACAGAGGCCACUCUGCUGAAUGUGGCAUACCCGAUGGCUCCGCAGGCUCCUUGCUGAGACUGCAGGCAAUGGCCCCGCCUCCACAGCGCUCCGUGAGCGGAAGCCUGGAUCAAGAUAGGGACACCUCCCUCUCAAUGUGUGAGUUUGACCUACGGCCCCCAUCUCCCAUUAACCUCACCCGCAGCAUUGAUGAGGCUCUGCACAGAGAACACCUGCUUGAAGGUGGCAGCCUGUUUCAUCCUUUAAACCAAACUUUACAAUCCCCCUCCCCUGGAUCAGGGGUCAGUCCUGGGGCCUGGCUGCGCAGGAACAGUGACCCCCAGUUUUCUGAAAGCAGCGAGGCGCCUACAGAGUCCUCCAUGCCUUUGGGGGGCAGUAUUCUCAGCAGUGUGCCGAGCAGGCAGGUGACUGCUCCACCCACACCCUCCCACCAGGGUCACAGGUGGGCUGGGAACGAGGUGGGGAAUGUUCCCUCAUCAGUGUCCUGCCCCGUAUCACUUCAUCCCUCAAGAACGUCGACAGGACAUCUGGGGGAGGAUGGAGUGGACGACACACGGCCCUUCAUCACACCAGACUCAGAUCGAGGGCGGGGCAGGGUGGCGAGGCCCGUGGGUUCACGCAGUUACCUGGAGGUCAGCCGACAUGACGACUCUGCUAGUGUGAACAGUGAAAUUAUUGACUUAUGAACCAAAUAUGACACAUAAGGACAGUUGCCUCACAUCAAAUACUCCAUCAACACAUUAGGCUACAGCUAUAAAGCACAGACAUUGAACUAAUCAGAAAAUGAACUAUACAUAUAAAAAAUAUACACUAUGCUGUACUUUACCAUGAGUACAUACAAAAUAAACAAGUAUAGUAGCAGAAUUACAUUUAGAUCUUGACAUUAACUUCUUAACGGGGCUCUGUUAAAAAUUUGUUACAAGGCUCACAAGGCUUCCUAAUAAAAUAGACCAUGAAGUUGCUGUUUGGGAACAACGCUUGACAUCACAAUUGUCAUAAUUGAAGUUAAAACUGUGCUCCUGUAGGUCCCAUCACUGUUGUUUCUGUGUGUGCUGUGCACUGUAAAAUCCAAUAGCACUCUCAACUCAGAUAAAUAAGUAGAACAAACUUUUAAAAGAAAGUUCACCUCACCUGAGUGUGCAAAGUAAAACGUAAACAUCUAUUGUGGUCAACUAUAACUAUUAAGUUCCAUUUACUUUUUUUCAAGGCAAUCUGUUUGCAUUUUUUUUAAGUAAAGUUAACUAAUGGAUUUUAUAGUGUGCAUAUCAACAAUAGUCUCUUUUUUUUGUUACUUUUGUUCAUUGUCCUGGGAAUUUCAUUUCAAUGUAACUUUUCUGUAGUGUAAAUAUGUGCCAUACGUUAUUUUGGUUGUAUGAAUCCAUCUUCAUAGUGUCUUACCAAGGACAUGGGGACAACAAUUAUUUUGAAGCUCUUAAUAUGCUACUGCUAUCCUCUUUGCUUUGGAACUGAUAACAUAUUGAGACAGGAAACAAAGGCCAGCGAUACAGAUGCCAUAAAUGACAUUCUUACAUGCUCUUUUAUGUAGGUGAUUAUUAGUCCUAGAGGAUGUCAUUUACACCUACAGUAUUUUCUUGCAUCUAUUAUAGUACAAUACAAUGCCUGUGACUGCAUUUUACAGUAGCUAGGUAGUAGUAUUGAAUACACACGAGGCGCUGUUGGAAUUGUGGAAUCUAUGACUGCUUUGGUAAAUUGAAAAAAAAAAAAAAGCAAAUUAAAAAAAGACUGGCUUGCCAUGGAUUCACUAAUGCAGCACUUAUCUGUACAUUGAAGCACUAGACUGAAGUAUUUUACUAAAGACAAAAGUAUCUUUCAAAUACAGUAUAUUGGAACGAUGUAAAUACUGUUAUUUUUAUGUUAAAUAAAGGUAUAUUUGAAAGUCAUAUUUGUCACUGUGAAAGACAAUCAAAAGUGUUUUUGCUGAUGUGCUGUUAUUUUGAUAUCAGAUAUUUAGUUCAUUCAGAUAAGUACAGGUCAGGAUAGAAAUAUUGAUGCGGGUAUUGCAAAAAUACCAAAUUACAAACUUCAUCCUCAUCGUCUUUAUGUACUGUAUGUUUGUAUGUAUGUUCUAUUGAUGAAGACAUCAAUAGAACAUACAAACACAAUACCAACAUAAGAGACAUAAAACCAAAAGCAUAGAGUAUUUGCUUGUAUGUGUUUACUGGAAUAUUACCUUUUCCCGACUGGUUUCAGGUCAUGGUUUUGUUUACCCUCAGUGGUUGUAUUGCAAUACCAUUCAUUGUCUAUAUUAUGUAUCAUAUCAUGACCCAAGACAAUGACAUGCAGCUCUUCCCAGUGAUGCGUGAAUUGUUAUUUAUGCUAUUUUUAGUCCAAUGGCCUUGUGUUGUGGUCUACAUUCCAAAAAAUCUGUAAUAUUUUGCUGUUUUGCUGUUACUUAUAUUUCUUCCUGACCAGAGUGGAACCUCCAAGUGUGUUCAGUGUUGUACCCGCAGCAAAACAUACGUGCCAUAGAAAAUGCACUCAGUUUGCGCACCUUAGUGUGUAGUCACAGUGGAGAAAUUCAGUAUUUGGCUCAUUGAGCAUUUGUUUUCUUCAUUUUGCUGUAAUUUAUGUCUGCAUUGAAAUAAACAUGAAAACAUACAAUGAUCACAGUUU